GUCAGUCCUGUAAAACUUCAUCAGCGCUUCUCUGGUCGGACUGGUUUUCUUUGUCUCGUAGCGAUGGAGAGGAAAGUUGCCCGAGAAUUUAGGCACAAGGUGGAGCUGCUGAUUGAAAAUGAGGCAGAGAAGGAUUACCUUUACGAUGUUCUCCGGAUGUAUCACCAGUCCAUGGAUUUGCCAGUGCUGGUUGGAGACCUGAAAUUGGUUAUCAAUGAACCAAAACGACUGCUGCUCUUCGACACUAUCCGACCUCUGAUCCCGCUCAAACACCAAGUGGAGUAUGACCAGCUCACGCCCAAGAGGUCACGGAAGCUUAAAGAGGUCCGUUUGGAUCGAACACACCGAGACGGACUGGGUCUCAGUGUUAGAGGGGGACUAGAGUUUGGCUGCGGGCUCUAUAUUUCACAGAUUGUCAAAGAUGGACAAGCUUAUAAUGUCGGCCUUCAGGUGGGUGAUGAGAUUGUGCGAAUUAAUGGCUACUCCAUCUCCUCCUGCAUCCAUGAGGAGGUCAUCAGCCUCAUCAAGACCAAGAAGAUUGUGUCACUCAAAGUUCGCCAUGUGGGAAUGAUCCCUGUAAAAAGCUCUUCUGAUGAACCCCUCAAGUGGCAGUUUGUGGACCAGUUUGUGUCCGAGUCCGGGGAGAAGAGAAGCAGCUUGGCCGGCUUGAUGUCUAUUGGUGGAAAGGAGAUCAAGGAGAAGAAGGUUUUUCUCAGUCUCGUGGGUACCAAGGGUAUGGGCAUAAGCAUCUCAAGCGGUCCAACCCAGAAACCUGGUAUCUACAUCAGCAACGUGAAGCCAGGCUCCCUCGCUGCAGAAGUUGGACUUGAGGUAGGAGACCAGAUUGUGGAAGUGAAUGGAGUGGAUUUCACCACUGUGGACCACAAAGAGGCUGUGAAAGCCCUGAAGAGCAGCAGAAGUCUGACAAUCACAGUUCUGACAGGAGCUGGAAGGGAGCUGUUUAUGACAGACGAGGAGCGCCUUGCAGCCAAGACCCGCCGGGAGUUGGAUAGGCAGGAGCUGAUGCAUCAGAAGAAGGUUGCAUUGGAGACCAACAAAAUCAUUAAAGAACAGCAGGAGAAGGAGAGACAGAGAAAGCUGGAGAUCUCCCAUAAAGUAGAUGAGGAAGAGGAGCGCUAUAGGAAUGAGAUGGAAAAUAUUGAAGCUGCAGAAAGGAAACAUGAUAGAGAAUGGGAGGAGGACUGGGGAUCCAGAGACAGAUCAAAGAGUCCCCGCUCCCCAAAAAGCCCUGAGAUGAAAACCAGCCCAAAUGCAAAGACCAAGAGUUCACCAUUUGGCUGGUUUUAUCGAUAUGAGGGGAAGCUGCCUUCACUGCGCAAGAAAGGAGAAAAGAAGAAGAAGAAAAAGAAAAUGUCCAAUACAGACACACUGCAGGAGCAGAGGAAGAACAAGAAGGAGAUGGAGUUUGAGCUGAAACUUGCUAAAGAGAAAGAAGAGAUGCAUGAACGAGAGAAGCAACUAAAGAUCAAUCGGCUGGUACAGGAGGUUUCAGAGACAGAAAGGGAAGACCUGGAGGAGUCUGAGAAAGUGCAGCACUGGGUGGAGCGCCUGUGUCAGACUCGGUUGGAGCAGAUCUCUUGUGUGGAGAAUGAAUCCCCAGAGCUUUCCCAGCCACACUCUCCUGCCUCUGAGCCGAGGGUGAAGCAUUUCCCCGGUGGUUUAAACCUGGCAACCACUGAUUUGGACGACAUAAAUCUGGAUGACGUGGAUCAGAGCCUGAGGGGACCUCUUAAAAAACUAGUCCCGACUCAGCCCACCAAACACCAACCACCACCCCCCUUGCCUCGCCCCCCACCUUCACCCAAACUAAACCCUACGAUUCCCAACUACUCCCCUCCUAUACCCCAAGUAUCUCCCCAGCCCCGAGCUCCUUCUUCCCCGGGUGCCAGGAAGCCUCCUCUGUCUCCAUCCACUUUGACCAACAGGGGGCGCAGGCUUCAGGCACAACCACGUCGCCCGCCUUCCUCUAACUACCCUCCACCAUCACAGACAUCAAGGCCCCCAUCAUCCCCUCAACCAACACCACACCCACAUCCCCCACCUCCACCUCCCCCGCCACCACCUCCUCCUCCCCCUCCGCCCCCUCCCCCACAGCACUCUGAAGAACGUGGUUACCGUCAGCAUCAGCACCACCUCCAGCAUCCUCCCAGUCCUCCUGAACACAGGAGCGAGUGGGAAACAGGUGGCUACCUCCCCAGAGGGGGGAUUUAUUCAUCCAACACUAGUGAAAUUUCCCACCCUUCAAGUCCAAAGGUGAUGAGAAACACCUCCCAUGUUAGUCACAUUUCCACUUCAAGCAGUCAGCUGCAGCUGGCUCCCAGUCCCCCUAACCAAAGACGUCAGAUGGCUCCAGUCAUGUCCAAACCUGUAAUGCUGCCACAGUCACAGACUAACCGGCCUGAUCCGCACCGACCUGCUGUCCGCUCCGAUGGCCUGCCUCCAGAAAUGCUGAAACGGAUGGUGCCUUUCAACUCAUCCUUCAAAUCAAACAACAAACAAGGAUUUCAGAAAUAUGUGGAUGACUUCGAUCCUUACUCCAUGUUCUCCUCAGACCAGAUAAAUGACAGAGAUGUGAGACUGUUGAGAAUCAAAAAGGUCGGGCAACUUGACUUGGCUCUGGAGGGAGGAGCAGACUCUCCUCUUGGAAAAUUGGUGAUAUCAUCUGUUUAUGACGGCGGUGCAGCUGAUAAGCACGGAGGGAUUGUUCCAGGAGAUGAACUUAUGGCUGUGAAUGGGAAGAUCCUGAUCGAUGCUACUUUGGAUGAGGGACAAAACUCUCUGGCUCGGGCUUGGAAUAGUGGAGGGGACUGGAUCGAUGUUGUGAUUGCUGUGUCCCCGCCAAAGGAUUAUGAAGAUGAAGUCCCUAAUUCAGCAUCAGUCAGUCCCACUGUGAAGAGAAAGGUGUUUGAAGGCAGUGCAACACUUUACAGACAUGGUUAUCAGCUUCAGCACUAGCCUCACCUCAUCUCUCCUCCUACCUCACCUUGUUCUGGACGUUCUUCUGAUGUCGUCAUCCACCUGCCAUGAAAACCCGAUGUAAUAAAAGGAAGCUUCUCCUCCAUCCACAUCUGAAUGGGAAGAUUGAGAGCCUAUUUGUGCUUUUGCUGCUUUGUCGCCCUUCAAGGCUGAUCCAGUUGUCUUUUAGACUGACGUUGUACUUCCAAUAGUAAUUUUCUCUGUCUUGUUUUGUCAAUGGAUUGUCCAAUCAGUAAUCGUUUUUUUUCCUGCUUAGCUCUUUCCUUCUGCAAAGACUGGAAAUAAUUGACCUCAUUUACAAAAUGAUGAGCAUGCUGAUGUUCUGCUAACAUCUGUCAGUAUACGAAUGAAGGAUGAGUUCGAUUAAUUAAACUGUAAUCAAUACCGGAUUCAGAAUUUCCUUCUCCUUGGCCUAAUAAAGGACU